GCCGCGCACCGGAUGAUGCCCCCGCGGGGGGCGGUGGGCUCCUGCCGCCGGCGGCGCCUCGCGCCCCUCAACGAGGACAACGGGCGGUUCCUGCUGCUGGCCGCCCUCAUCGCGGCGUACCUGAGCGCCGGCGCCACCGUCUUCUCGGCCCUCGAGAGCCCGUCGGAGGCGGCGGCGCAGCUCCGUUGGAACCGGACCCUCCACAACUUCAGCCGCAUCUUCAACAUCAGCCCGCCGGAGCUGCGCGCCUUCCUGCGGAGCUACGAGGCGGCCAGGGCCGCGGGCAUCCGCGUCGACGCCCUGCGGCCUCGCUGGGACUUCCCCGGCGCCUUCUACUUCGUGGGCACCGUCGUCUCCACCAUAGGUUUUGGAAUGACCACACCAGCAACCGUGGCUGGAAAAGUAUUCCUCAUCGUUUAUGGCCUUUUUGGGUGUGCCGGGACCAUCCUCUUCUUCAACCUCUUCUUGGAGCGCAUCAUCUCCCUGCUGGCGUUUAUCAUGAAGGCGUGCUACGAGAGACAGCUGCGAAGAAGUGGUCUCCUACCUCCCAACUUCCGAAGGGGGCCAGCUGUGUCCGGGGUGGGCAGCCUCGUGGGCUGGAAGCCGUCCGUUUACCAUGUGAUGCUGAUCCUGGGAUUUUUUGCUAUUACCCUUUCCUGCUGCGCCUCAGCCAUGUACACAGCAGUGGAAGGAUGGAACUACAUUGACUCCUUGUAUUAUUGCUUUGUCACCUUCAGCACCAUCGGCUUUGGAGAUUUGGUAAGCAGCCAAAACGCUGCGUACCAACAUCAGGGAUUAUACAGAGUCGGGAACUUCAUAUUUAUAUUAAUGGGGGUAUGUUGCAUAUACUCCCUUUUUAAUGUCAUCUCAAUCGUAAUCAAACAAAUUUUGAACUGGGUGUUGAAAAAAUUGGAAUGCAGAUGUUGCCCAAAGUGCCAUAAAUCCAGUACCCGCCUCAGCCGUCGCAACGCCAUCACCCCAGGAGCCCGCCUGCGCCGCCACAAUGUCGCCGUGGAUGCUGACGGACAGUACGACAGUGACACCGAGGGCAGGAGACUCUCUGGAGAGAUGAUCUCCAUGAGGGAGCUCACAGCGUCCAAUAAAGUCUCCCUGGCCAUUUUGCAGAAGCAGUUGUCCGAGACGGCCAACGGCUACCCGAGGAAUGUCUGUAUCAAUACGAGACAGAAUGGUUUCUCUGCGGGGGUGGGGGCUCUGGCCAUCAUGAACAACCGCUUGGCAGAAACAAGUGAUUCUAGGUAGAGUUUUUGGAAUUCCUUUUGUUUCUUAAAUAAAAAUAAAACGGCGGUUAGGGUGGAAUUACCACUGUAAGCUACUGGAAAGUUUUGAAUUUCAGAGACAGCCUUGGUAUUCAUUGGGUGUUCAGCGUUUUACUUUCUGGGGGUUUUAUAAGUUUUCUCUAAUAUGCAGUGAGAUCUUUACCAUUAUGUUACAAUUUUCCCCUAAGGGGGUUUUAAAUGAGACUUGGAUGUCUUUGAUGCAGAAUCUGGUGCAAUUAUAGAAGGAUGGUGUGCAUAGUUAGGAUGGUGUCAAAACCAACAUGUUCUUCUUCAGAACAGAGCCUGAACCCAAACUCUGUGUUAAAAGGCAUAAAGUAGGCAAGCUGGGCUCCAGAUUCAAGCCUGGGGUCGGUAAGUUUUGUCUAAACCGGUAUCUCACAGUUUGUUGAAGUCUGGUUCUGGCCCUGAGCCUUGUACUCAAUGCUCUUCAGCAAUUCCUCGUAGCAGGCCUUUGUAUGACAUACACGUAGGUGACUGUUGUCACACCAGCUUUAGGGUGACUGUGUUUCGCUUCAAUAAUCCCACUGACUUCAGUGGCAGAGGAUGGAAUGGGCUGAACUCCCCUCGUACAAAUGGUGGGAUUUAGCCAGUCUUGUCCGAAAGACCACCUGCCACCUAACUCUUAAAAGUCAGGUGGUUAUCAAGGACCGUGUUAAGGUGUGCAAAACUGUUCCUACCUACUGAUAACAGAAAACAGGCAAUUGUCAUCUUCAGAACUGGCGUUAUUUAAUGCAAGAGAAGCUGGUAUGCACCUCUGGUGUCAAAUGUUUGCAUCACCACAAAAAUGCUUAUUUCAUUACUUUCUCAUGAAAUAAGUCACUAAAAUGAAUGUAGGCUCUCUGUUGUCCUAAAUUUGCUCUUUUACUUCUGCAGUAUUGUUGCAGAGAUUCGUCCAAAGUAUUUCUUUGAGGACCCCAACCCUGUACUUGUUUCCCACAAAUCUGACUGUGCAGGCUGUACAAAAGAGCACUGCUUUGAAGUUCCCCCAGGAACUGGCUUCCCCAAAAUGUUGAUACCAAGUCAUAGAUUAGCCUUUGGCUGUUGCUGCUACCAUCUUAAGCCAUAUUUAACCUGUGCUAGCCCAAACCACUGAAGAACCAAACACAAACCUGGUCUAGAGUGUAGUUUAGCAUGACAAAUGGAUGCAGAGGAGUUACUGCAAACCUCUUUCAAAAAUACAUGCAACAGCUCUGGAUCAUUUCUCUAAAUUCUCUCUACUACACUGUGAAGAUAAUAAAAAGGCUUCUACUGAUUCCGGGCAAGAAACAAAAGCUUAUAUUCUAAGGAGCCUUCUCUUGGAAACUUACUGGAAAAUUGUAGGCAAGACCAUGAGUAGUAGGUUGGUUACUGAAUAAAUUGACCGAGAUGAUGAACACAAACUAGGAAUAUUAGAAAUGUUUGAGAAUAUUUCCAUGAAAAUAUUUUACUCUAUUUACUGACUUUGUUUUGCAUGGGUUUGGAGUAGCCAUCAUUUUUGCUUUCUUUGAAAUUUGUAGCAGUGCAAAAUGUUUUGGAAUGUACCCUUGGAAAACUUAACUUUAAAUCUGAGGUUUUGCACACCUGAGCCUGCCAGCUGAAUUAUGGCAUUGAAUGUAUCUUUUUCCUAACGAAAAGAAUCAGAGCUGCAGAUAAACCAUCACACAUGGGUCUGUAUCACACUGUAAAUGUCACAGCUUUUAUCAAGAUGUGUUUGGCCAGAAACAAGCAGUGAUGAUUGUAAUGUGUUUCCAGCUGGUGCAGACUCACACUUAAGAUUCUGUGGUAUGGUAGGGGCUGCAUUCAAGAGGCAGGAGCUUUCUUGGUGGUAGAGAGACUCCUCAAGGUCCAUCUGUCAGAGUGCCUUCCUGUCUGUGCACUCAUCCUCUUUAAGGAAGCAGGAAGAGGUGUUUGGUGCUGCUUUUGAUGCCCACUGAAGGAUAAAUUUAAGCAGGGUGUACAGGGGUGGGUCAUGGUCUGGAAAAGACUCUGACUGCUGGAAGACCCACUUCAGGAAGGGUCCCUUCCCUUCCAGACGUGCAAGGGAAACAGCACAGGCAGGGAACCAAAAGAAUGGAAAUUUGUUAUUUCCCCUUGGGAUUACCCCCACGGGUAAAUCUCUAACUAUGAUGAUUUAUAUGUUUGUUUAUUAAAAGUGUGAAUGGGACUCUGCUCUUUUUUUGCAGCCAAAACUCUCUUAGGGUUGUAUCUUGGUGCAUUUGUCAUCAUGGGGACUAUUACUCAUUAGGACUAUAACAUAAAUCAGGGCCGACAGGCUCUGUCCCAAAGGACUUAGGAGUUUGAACAGAUAGGGCCCCAAGCCACAGCAGAAUUACCUGUUUAUUAUUUCUCUCGUAAAAACAUGUUCAAAUGUAUCAACAUUCUGUGAGCUCAAGAACUCUUAUUUUUAUGGUAACAAGUUUGCAAAUUAAAGGGUUUUUUUCAGUGAAUUGUUUUUAAAGGGUAAAUAUUAUAACUAAUAUUAGGAUCCUGUUUAAACUGUAAAUUUGUGAAUUGUUUUCAAACCACUUAUUCCAGCCUGGGAAAUACAGUGAAGUAAUAUGAAAUUGUACGUACCUCCUCUGUACUUUUUCUGAGUCCAGGCAAAGGCAGACACACAGUCUGCUGUAGCAUAAUUUAAAUGUUUCCAAGUCUUUCUGGUACCAUCAGUCACAAGGGUGCCUUUGCAGGACCCUUUGCAGUUCCUAUUGACUCCAGGGGAAGUUGGACCAGCUCCUGGAGCUGGGCAUCUCAAGGGAUUUGAGCAUCAGGUUGCUGCUGUUCACUUAGAUCUAAUGUUUACUUACACCCAAGGUCCUUGAUAAUCUCCAUUCUGCUUCUCCUUAGCUUCAGAGGCAUAUAAAGUGCAUGCCCAGUUAUUUACCAGUGCCCCUAUUUCUUGCAGGUCAUAUAUCUCCAAAAGCUGACAUAAGUCAACCACAGGGACCCCCAGGUCAUAUCUAAGUCCCAAACCCAUCUGGCACAGCAAAGCCAGUUUAUGAGAGGGUCAGAGCAUGGUUACUGAGCUGGGUCUCACUGGGGAGCAUCUGCUGAAGGGUGGCCUUACAGCUCCCUCAUAUUCAGUAGCAGAAGUAUUUUUCCAGGAUGCAUGGAAUCCAAGCUCCAAAUCUCUACCCUUCAGCCUGCCAGCCCUUCCUGGGCACCCGUCACCCUUGUGCAUGACCACACGAGCCAAGAGGACAUAGGAGGUUUGAGGUCAGUCUUUCCUAGUCCCUUGUGCUGUUCCUUUGGCUUUUUUUUCAUGACCACUCCUCUUCAAACUUGCUAGGCUUCAGCACCUAACUCCUCUUUUAUUGUGCGUGGUCCAACUCGGAUUCCCCAGCGCAGCCUGCUCCCCUUGUGAAUUGACCCCUAAACAUGCACCAGUUGCACCAAGUGCAAUUCCUCCUGGUAUUUCAUUUUCACAGACAAAGCAGAUACCAGCAAUACCUGGACACAGGCUGAAGCACAAGAAAUCAGAAGGAAACAGAAGGAACAGAGUGGGAAAGUGAAAGCACACUGCACUAGAUUGCACUUUCUUUUCAGGUAACUUGGGAGUUGUAUUACAUUCUAGAAAUGGGGUUCUUUUUCAAAUUUUAUUUCGGAUAGCCUUGAAAGAAUGCAGUUGGCUUAGGUUUUAGAAGUUCAUCUUCCCUGAUACAACCCCCUCUGUAUCACCCUGUAGAACAGCAGCAGUAACUCCUGGCUGGCACAGACCAAGACAUCCCAGCUGCCUGCUGAGUCUACAGGCAGCACAGACCUGAGCUCAGACCGUGUCCCCCACACUGGUCUUUUGCUGCCUGAGCCCAAGGAAGAGCAUUCAGGAGCAGAAGAAAGCUACAGGAAUUAGCACUUCUCUGUGAGCUGGCCCUGAGUGAGAACAGUGAUGGCAGAGGUGUGAGCUGCUCAGAAAAAGGAGAUACCACAUUCGCCUGGCACCUGCACUAGUACCUUGCAGACAAAAACCAAAACAUAGGGGGAAAUUAAUGAGCAACAAUGACCAAAUUCAAGUGAUAUUUUCUCUUAACCCUGGAGCUCAGGACAGAACAGUCACAAGGAAUAAUUUCGUGUGAAAUCUGUAGCAUUUGGCAAGUCACUACGUUGACCUCUCAGGGUCUGUCUUCCCUGUGUGUGUCUUGGACAAAGUUUGGAGUCACACCAAGAUGUCAUCUGGUUCUCAUUGGUUUCUUUCCAUCUGCAAACACAGUACUCAUUUUGAAAAAAUUCAGAUGGCUCUUUAUUUCCUUGCAAUGCAAAGGACAUCCUUCAGACCACAUAGAUGUUCAGAUCAAUCUCACUGACCUCGGCAACAGGUGGCAGUGUCUGAGGGACGGGGCUGCCUCCCUGCAGAAGCAGCAUUGCACAGCAAUGCAUACCAAGGUUCUUUAGGCAGCUACCAGUUCUGAUUGCAACCAGGAUUACUGCUGGAAGACAGGAAUCCCACUAGAGCUCUCUGGGACUGCCCUGUGCUGUGCUCAGGUUACCCAGAAAUGCCCCUGUUGGUGUAGUGCUGCUGUCUCAGCACGGCUGCAACCCUGGCCUUCAGCCUUUUCUCCUCCCCAGCUUUCUGUGGGUGAAAAUUUGGGUGAUUUGGGUGUAGGAUGACCAUUUACCCAUAUUUCAGUCAUGCCUUGCUGCUGAAAGAAAGACUUCAGCAGCAGUGGAGGUCAUGUAGCCAGGCAUGUGGGCUUGGUAUAACCCUGAUUGCCUGUGUGGGAUGAAUUUACAACUGUAUGGAAAUCAGCUGUAGCAAUGAGACCGUUCUCACAUUUUAGUAUUUUUCUAGCCUUUAACUUGAAAAAUACUCAGUGGCAAAUCAUUGCAAUGAAUGUUCAGAGCUAAUCUCAACAAAAUCACACUUUGCUGAUUGCUAGCCUGGCAAAUCUGUGGGUAUGGCUUCUGCUCUAAUUGUAUUACUAAUGUGCCUUUCCAAACCAACACACAUUUGCAGUGUUACAUUUAAAUAAUACAAUAAAUGCUGUGUUACAUAAUAAAUUCAAUUAGGAAAAAGUUAGCACUUGACUCACACAAAAUAACUAAUGAAGUGUGCAUUGCACAUUGUACAACCAAUAUGCAAUUUUUUUUUUAAAGAAUAUGUCCAUAUUUGAGCUCAAAUUAUGCCUUCAUGAAUGCUAGGAAAAGAAGAGUGCUACAUUGUGGAAAAUAAAGGAAAGCAUGGACAAUUCCACUGAGAUUUGACACAAAGGCUAUGCAUGUUAGCACAUGCACAGUAAGUGGUUCAUUAUGCAUUAUAAAUAUGUUGUGUAGCAAUGGCACUGAGGAAGGACUACUUUAGUUUACAUGGCCACAGUCUGAAUGCAGUUACCAAUAAAGACACAUGCCUUUUUUCUUUCUCUCUUCAUUUGCUAAAUGGGUAACAUCCACCCUUUAAUUACUAUAUCUCUUUAAACCAUCAAAAAGAAAAUGCAACUGCCCUAAAUUUUGCACAGGCAAAAAGUGGUCUAAGGUCAAAUCCAAACUUUCAACUCUAAGGAUCCAGAGUGGUGUAGUUUAGCUUUGAAGUGGGGCUGCAGACCUGCAGCCUUCAAAUGUAUCAUGUUUAGUCCUUCCCAGGAAAAAAAAAGAGGGAGUAAAUACGGAUAUUUACCCAACAGUCUGGAGAUUUAGCAUGAGAAAAAAAAACACAGCAAGUGUGCUGUUAUUGAGGAAUGAAAAGUGUGGGGAAAGGGAGAAGCUUAGAAGUGUUCUCCAGCAAAUCCAGCAGAAAACCAAAGACUUGCAUUUAUUCCUCACCACACAACUCUGUGACACUGUCACCCCCCCAAGGGGCUCCUGUGGCGUCGUGAGCUCAGCUACCUCGUGUGGAACGUGAAGAGAGGUAUUUUGUGAGACACAGGGGGAAGAGGGACCACACACUUGCAGUCACCAUCUUCAUUCAGGGCUGGUUUCAGGAAGACAGUUGCCCAGCUUUUACUGGGAAAGCAGCCAUACUGGUCCCUUACAGUGAUGAUCAGUAUUUUGGGUGUAUCAGAGGUGCAGAUUCCCAUACCUCUUAAGUCCUCCUAGUCCCAGGGCCCUAUCGUGCCCAGGUGUGUCCCAGCCAGCUCCCAAGCCCACACUUGGCAUGAGGAUGUAGGUGGGUUUGAAAGGGUGUUACAUCAUCGUCCCAAGAGUUUUCAGGAUCAGACCUUCAGCAGGUGAUGCUUUUUCAAACCUACAGAAUACAAAGAUGUUCCCAUAUUCCUUUUGUACUUUGCAGACUGUAAGAGUACUUUUUAAAGCCAGUGAGUCAAUGCAAAAUUAAUGCUUUUAUAACAACAUACAAUAAACAACGUGAAAAAAAUUACUAGUAUUUCUGACAAUGUGCAAAUCAAACACCAGGUUUUCUCAAUGGGUAUAAUUUCCUAUUCCAUGCAAGUAAAAUUAUGUCCAGGAAAUUUUUGCUCAUAGUACCAUCCAUGGGCUGCACAGGCAGUGCAAGAAUUCAGUUCCAGUUUUAUUGUAAAACCUCAGUAUCUGAAAGCACAACGUCUAAAAUACUGUUUGGGGAUUGUUUGUGGGUGUUUUUUUGUGUGUGUAAACAUUGUUUAUUUACAAAAAUAAAAAUGCUAUAAUUAUACAUAUACAAACCUAUUUUUAGCUCACUGGAAUACUACUUUGUUGGAUACUCUCAGCAAAAAUAUUAGUUCCAAAUUUCUAGCCAAUUUAAAUUACUCAAGUUUCAAGAUAACCUGUUGAAAAGUAUUCCUGUUUGUUUUGUUUCUUUUUGAAAGGGCACAGCUUGGUAGACAUCUUUGAGCUGGCAUUGCUAUCUCCUACUACAAACCUCAAAAAUUUUACUUCUGGAGCGAAUUCCUCUGGUUUUGGUAUUUGCUCACUUCUGCAUUGAAUUCUAGAAGGAACAACCAGUUCUGUGCUGUUUUCUGGUUGGUAUCACCACUUUCCUUUUUGCAUUGAUUGAAAAUAGCUGAAAUAUUAACAAGAGCAAAUGUUCCCAGACACACCAAAAUUAGUCACUUUUCUGAACAUUUUUCUUUUAAAAUUUGGUUUUGUAAAAUCUAAAUUCUGAUUGUAAAUUACAUUCAUGGUUGGAAUUAGCAGACUGAAUAUUUUUUCUACCAACGGAAUUGCUUGACAUGAAUUCUUGAAGGAUGCUAGUGAUUCGGUUUUGUGUAAAAAGACCUGCCUAUUUCAUUUGCCCAUUUUAUCUAAUCUGUUUUGAAUUCUUAAAGUCAGAAGUAUGUAAGUCCCAUUUGGAAAAUGCCCUAUGCUGUACAUUUGCUCCUAUGAACAGAGCUUCUAGAGGGAUUAAAACUGAGCCUGCCUAAUUGCUGCAAACAGAAUUGCAAGUAUAAACCUUCGAAACCUGAGUAUUUGUACCUGUUUGGCCAUUGCAAACCAAGGGCAUGCUAAUGUAAUUCCAAUUCAAGUGAAGAAACAUAAAUCACAGGGCUUGACUGGCUGCUAACCACUUUCAUCAAAAAGGCCACACAGCUACAGGGCCAUGGGUGAUGGACAGAUGCAUCUUGAUGCACAAAGAUGUUAUUUUGGAGGUUGGUUUAGUGGCUGGGAGUUGGCAGUGGGGUGGUUAAAGCAGCUUGGCUGUUCCCUGAGGGAAAGGGCAGUUCCCUUUGCUGAGCCUCAGGAGAUGUUUGCCAGUAGUAAAAAAGUUUAAAAGGAGAUGGACAUUGCAUUGAGCCUCUCUUGAGAAGCACAGCAAAGUGCUGUAGGUGUUUCUGGCCACCUGUGAACCCUGGGUUGUUCCUGAAACUGGAGUGUUUGGAACACGGGUGCAGCUGUUGACUCAUUUUGCUCUUUGCAGUGCCUCUGCGCUGGCAAAGCAGUAAUCCUGCUGUGAUCCUUCUCUCCUCAUAAAAUGCAUAGAGAGAUUUGUUUAGACUUUCCAUAUGAUGACAGCAUAUAUAAAUAUUACAAGAUGAAUCAAUUACCAAGUCUGGCUAUAUUUGCUAAGAGAUCUUUAUCAGUAAAAACAAGAAAAACUGUCUUACCAGUACAGUGAGUCAACAAAAGUAAGUGGUGUUCUGAACAGAAAGUAAGGUGCUAAAAUAUACAAUUGGACCCCAGAGCUCAGGCAUGUGUCACAAAAUUAUCAUUCUCUUCCAAUGCUCAAUGCACCUGUGUCUUUUGGGAAAAAGCCUUGGUUUCUGCCAGCACCAGGACAUGCAAAGCUUCUGUUUUCUUUAUCUGUAUGAAAGCAAAAUGUAUUGAGGACAUGCCUUGGUCUGCACAGCACUCGGGUGGACUUGCCUUCAUCCCCAAAUUUAAGCGUGCCCAUCAUCCAGAGACCAUGAAUACUGGUCCAGUCUCCAGCAGAAAAUGGACAAAAUGGCCCCGCCUCGGGGUGUCUGUGGUUUUUGGAGAGCAGCUGAAUGUCAUGGCAAACCACAGCUGCCUCCUCCAGCCAAACCCCCACUGGGGUGGGAUCCAUCCCACUGCCAGCCCCUGGUCUGCCAGGAAUUGUACUGCCAGGAGAGUGGUACAAAUCAUCAGCAAUGUGCUCUUUUCCCUGCCUUCUUAAUGGGCUAAAAACAGUGGAAAACAGAGAGAUAAUUUUCUAUUUUAACGAUCAAAAGGGUGUUGCCCAUUAUUCACAGCCUACAGACAAGAUGUUAUGAUUUUCAAUUUUCCUGCACUGAUCAUUCAAUUUGGCAGCUGACCUUCAAGUAGUCAUGGUUUUUCAAAAAAAGGAGGAAAAAAACCCAAACAGAAAACUCAAACACCCAUUAUCAGCAUAUCAGAAAAGCAAAAUAAUCAUAAAUGAGGUGGUAAGGAUCCACAUGCAAAAGUUGAGAGCAGAGCCGCCUCUGUCUGCAGCAGCCAGAUGUUUUCUUGGCAGUGGGAGAAGUUUGGGUUCAGGAGAGCAUCAGCUGGAUGUUUGGACAUUGCCCUGCAAACAGCUGCAGCACCAAAAUGGCACUUUCUGAACAUGUUUCUGCAGCUGUUUCUACACUGUUAGGGACAUUUCACAUCCCUGCUACUGAAACCAGAGGAUGGCAGCAAGCAUUACACAAGCAAUUUACUGUCACUGGUGUCUACGGGUAUUAGCCAGGGACAUUUUUCACAACCAAGAGGAAUUUCUGCUGAGUGUUGGUCAGAAAAAAAGGACAUUUUGCCAUCCAGAAACAGCUGCAGCAGUUUCUGCAGUGCCUGACAUCACUCAACAUACUCCCAAAGAGUUGAACCACACAGACAUUACCCCAACAAGCCAAAAGAGAUGGUAGGGUCUGAGAAGCAAGUGUUCCUAUGGCUUGAAUCUGGAGUAACUUGGUUGAAUUGCAGGUAGUGAAUAGCCUAAUUAAACAGAUGUAAUGACUUAAAUGCCUGCUAGAAGGCAUUUAAGUCAAAAGGAGAUGCAUGUACUUUUCCAUCGCAAUUUUGGUAGUGUUUACCAAGUUAAGAGGUGAAAUGAAGAAACAUAAGUUCCUGUAAAUCAUUGAUUGGAAAACAUCGAUUUUUACUCUUUCAGAUGAUGCUUCUUGGCAAAACAUUAAACUGGAAUAAAUUUCAAGAUUGAAAUCUGUUUAAACAAGUGGCAGUUUAAAAAAUGCUUUAAUCCUGGGUUGACAGGAACUUAGCCUCCAACUCAUACCAUAAUUGUGAGUGCUCUUAACGAAUCCGUCCCAUUUUUGGUGUCAGCUCAGGAUUUUUCCACUGUAAGAUCUUUGAAUGAAGAGGUCUAAAAGCCAUAUACAAAGCCAAUCAAACACGGAUCACGUUUCUACAUAUGUUAUAUAGAGUUUGCAAACAAAAAUGGGUAUUUUGGGCUUGGCACCCCCCUUCAUUCACAGAAACAUGGUCAUGGAUCCAGGAGGCAGCGUCAGCUGAUGUGCAGCUGCUUUGCAGAGCCGUGCAGAGGCGUUGGCAGAGGAUGUGUAGAGCUGGUGGUUAAUGAGACUGUGGAAGAGCCCACUGAUGGUGUCUGGGGAACAUUCCUGUGUGUUUUUAAUGCCAUGAAACAUGAUGGAGUAUGAAUCCUGUACAUCUGGGAGGAUGUCAAAUUCCAGGUGAUGUUUGGAAUGUUGCAAUUAAGCUAUUACAAAGACUUUUGAAAUAAACAGGAGAAGAAAAGUUGCCUGGGA